AUGCCGAUUAAGGCUUCUGCCGAUAAGCUCACUAGGGAGAUUGAGAAGUUCGGAUACCCGCCUGUGUUUCCAGUUGUCAAAGAUGAGGAAAUUGCUGUGCCAGAGGCAAAGCCCGAGGAUGAAAAUGAAGGAGGGCAAAAUCAAGCAGGUGGUAAGUUUAAGGGUAUGAAAUCAACGCUGUUGCUAAGACUGACGGAUGCGCUCCACUUCGCUGCGGACUACUUGCGGAUGCACCCGGGAGAUGUGUUCGUCUUCCCACAAGGUCUCAUUCACUUCCAGUUCAACGUCGGAAAGACCAACGCGGUUGCAUUUGCCAGCUUCGGGAGCCAGAAUCCGGGUACCAUCACCGUUGCCAAUGCGGUGUUCGGGUCGGACCCUAAGAUCAACCCGGAUGUGUUGGCCAAGGCUUUCCAAGUUGAGAAGAACAUCAUCGAUUACCUCCAGGCCCAAUUCUGGUCCAACUAUAACUAA